AUGAAACAAAAAAGUGCCAAGGAAGUGAAAUUCAUCAAGAAAUCAAAGAAGAAAGCAAUCGAUAUUUCUGAACACGAGUUGAGUGUUGAGAGAGUGUGCGAAACUUAUGGAACGAGCUUUAAUCAAGACAAACCAGAGAAAUCAACAGGUCUCACCCAACAAGUAGCCAGCGAAAGACUUAAAGUAAACGGUCCCAAUCAACUCACACCACCCAAAAAACGUCCUUUCAUCUUUAAAAUCAUCGAACAAUUCACCUCUCUCUUUGCCCUUCUUCUCAUCGUUGCUGGUCUCCUUUCCUUCCUAAACGUUGCCAUUGAGAGAACAACUGAAUCCUAUCCGAAUAUAUUUCUGGGUGUCAUCUUGUGGUUUAUUGUGAUUAUGAAUGCUACCAUUACAUUGGUUCAGGAAAGAUCGAGUGAGAAGGUUUUGCAGAGUUUUCAACAAAUGCAAAGUGACAGCUGUAUGGUGAUUCGUGAUGGAAUUCCACAAAAAAUUCCAGUUGAAGAAUUGGUUUUGGGUGAUUUGGUUAGAAUUGAGGGUGGUGAUAAAAUUCCAGCUGAUUUACGUGUGGUUUCUUGUUCACAACUAAAACUUGAUAAUGCUUCCUUGACAGGAGAAACUGAACCUCAAUCAAGGAGUGUGGAAAUGACUUCAAAGAAUCCUUUGGAAACAAAUAAUUUGGUAUUCUUUGGAACUUUGGCUUUGGAAGGAAGUGGUUAUGGUAUCGUAAUUAGAUGUGGAAAUCAAACUGUCAUUGGUCAAAUUGCUUUAUUGGCAGGAGCUUCAACUGAAAAGAAAACUCCACUCAGAAGAGAAAUUGACAGUUUUGUUAGAAAGAUUGCUGUUCUGGCCUUCACAAUGGCCAUUAUUUUCUUCUGUUUAGGAUUUGCUAUUGGAAACAGUUGGUUCACUAAUUUUUUAUUUGCUAUUGGUAUAAUCAUUUCUAACAUUCCACAAGGAUUGAUUCCUACAGUAACUGUCUGCUUAACAGUCAGUGCUAAACGUCUAAAGGCAGUGAAUGUCCUCGUUAAAAAGCUUGAGCAUGUUGAGACACUUGGCAGUACAUCAGUUAUUUGUAGUGACAAGACAGGAACUUUGACACAAAACAGAAUGACAGUUGUUGAGCUAUGGGUAGAUGGAAGAGUUUCUUCUGUAGAUUACCAAGACAGAUACAUGACCCAAAAGCCAAGCACCUUAACUCCAUUAACAAGUUACUCAAAAGAAGGUGAAGAACAAUUGACAACUGAUCAAAUGUUGAGAAGAUGUUCAGCUCUCUGCUCGAAAACUUAUUUCGUGCCAGAGGAAGACAAUUUGAGAAAACCAAUUUUGGACAGAGAAUGUGAAGGAGAUGCUAGUGAGACAGCUUUAGUUAAAUUCAUUCAGACAAGAACUGAUUGUGCUACCAUUGAAGAGUUUCGUUCUGAUUAUACUGAACUUUAUUCCAUUCCAUUCAAUUCUAAAAACAAGUGGAUGUUAAGUAUUAGAAAGAAUAAUCACCUCCCUCAGUGGACUACCAAUACCACUGACAGUGCCAGUACUGAUUCCAAAGUUUUGUUGCUCAUGAAAGGAGCCCCAGAGAGAAUCAUUCAACGUUGUUCACACAUCAGAGUUGGCUCACAAACUUUACCAUUGGACGAUAAUUGGAAACAAAAUUUUAAGGACGCCUAUGAUUUCUUUGCUUCUAAGGGUGAGAGAGUUUUGGGUUUUGCCCAACUUUUCAUUGAUGAACAUUUGGUUGAGGAACAAUUAAGAAUUGAGAAAUCUGGACAAACUUCUGAUCAAAUUGCUCAAUCCAUUCCAAUGGAAGGUCUUUGCUUUUUGGGAAUGGCUGGAUUGACUGAUCCUCCAAAAGUAGGAGUUCCUGAAUGUAUUGGACAAUGUAAGAAAGCAGGAAUUCAAGUAGUCAUGGUCACAGGAGAUCACCCAGCCACAGCCAAAGCCAUAGCCAAACAAGUUGGAAUUAUCGAAUCAGACGCCAGAACCAUUGACGAUAUCGCAGAGGAAGAAAGUUGUGAUCCAAAAACCAUUCCAUACAGUAGAGCUGAUGCCAUUGUUUUACACGGAGAAGAAAUUGACAAGUUGACAUCUAAGGAAUGGAAACAAAUUCUUAAAAAGAAGCAAAUUGUCUUUGCCAGAACUUCACCUCAACAAAAAUUGAUUAUCGUUACAAAAUUCCAAGAAUUGGGGCAUUGUGUCGCUGUGACAGGAGAUGGAACUAAUGAUUCACCUGCUCUAAAGAAGGCAGAUGUAGGUGUGGCUAUGAAUAUUUCAGGAAGUGCUGUUUCUAAAGAAGCAGCUGCUAUAAUCUUGUUGGAUGAUAACUUUGCUUCGAUUGUGAAUGGUAUUAAGGAAGGCAGAUUGAUUUUUGACAAUUUGAAAAAGUCAAUUGCUUAUACUGUUUCACAUUUAUCUGCAGAAAUUUUCCCUUAUUUAGUUUUUAUUGUAUUUAGCAUGCCUCUUCCAAUUACAGGUUUAUUGAUUUUGUGUGUUGAUUUGGGAACUGAGCUCAUCAGUGCAGUCAGUCUCGCCUACGAAACAGCCGAAUCUGACAUUAUGAGCAUUCCACCUCGUACCAAGAAUCAACCACUAGUAAGCUCUUCCUUAUUAAUCUUUUCCUAUCUCCAAAUGGGAGUAAUUGAAACUCUUGCAUGCUUUACAAAUUACUUCCUAGUCUUUGCUUAUUAUGGAAUUCCACCAAAAUAUCUUUGGGAAGCAACUAGCAAGGAUUAUUUCGAUAUCAAUUCGGAUAAAAAGCUUUACAUUGAAGAAACUGGAAUGUAUUUGGAUAAGAUGUAUCAACAUAACGUUCUAUGCACUGCACAAACAGCAUUUUUCAUGACAAUUGUCAUUUGUCAAUGGGCCACUCUAUUCAGUUGCAAAACUCGUCGAUUGAGCAUUUUCACACAUGGAUUAUUGGGUAAUUUAAUGACCUAUUUUGGAUUAAUCUAUUCUGCUUGCUUGUUGGUGAUUUUAAUUUAUGUUCCAUUCAUUGGAGAUUAUAUUUUCAAUACGAGAUUUAUGAUUAUUGACUUUUGGUUGUAUCCAAUUCCUUGGAUGUUUUUGAUGAUUUUUUAUGAUGAAAUGAGAAAGUGGGUUAUUAGAAAGCUUAAUUUCAGUUUCCUUUUCUGGUAG